UUUAUUUCUUAAACGGACGAAGACCACUGUUGAUAUUGGCUGUUGCUUGUGUAAAGAAACAAGUUAUUCCCCGGUUGUUCUUUACAUUAUCUGCCUCUAUGCACCUGUGUUACCUUUCUUUUCUUGCAUAACAUGCCAGGAAUGAUUUACUAAGGAGGAGCCAUCAAUUUAAUCAAACUCUUAUUAGUUAAUAGAAUUCUAUAAAGCAAUCUCCUACAGAGCUCUGAACUUGAGCCUUGAAAAGCUGAAAUACUCCAAGCUGCAAAAGAGAUCGCUCUCUUGUUCUCUCUCCCACACUUUUUGACUCUAAAAACAAAAGACAGGCAAUGCAACCAGACGAGAAAUACCUUUUCACAUACAAAGGAUUUUAUUUCCAGUCAGAUUUUUCUUCAGCGGAGUACUUAGAUUCCCUGGAGGAUUUUGAAAUAAGAGACAGUGAUGUAUUUUUAAUCACUUAUCCAAAAUCAGGCACAAUAUGGACUCAAAAUAUUUUGAGCUUGAUUUAUCAUGAAGGCCACCGAGAUGGAACUGAAAAAGUCGACUUACUAGACAGGGUUCCGUGGCUGGAGUACAAAGUCCGCAAUGUGGAUUACGUCAGUCGUCCAUCACCUCGCCUCUUUGCUUCCCAUCUACCCUACUAUUUAGUACCCAAAGGAUUAAGGAACAGAAGAGCAAAAGUUGUUUAUGUGGCCAGAAACCCAAAGGAUGUCUUGGUUUCCUAUUACCAUUUUUCCAAACCUGCAGUCAAAUUAGAAGAAGUAGAAGAUUUUGGAAUGUUCUUGGAGAGGUUUUUGUCUGGGAAGGUAAUUGCAAGUUUAUGGCUGGACCAUGUGGAAGGCUGGUACUCUCACAAGGAUGACUUCAAUAUUCUGUUUCUUACCUAUGAAGAAAUGAAGAAGGAUCUGAGAAGCUGUGUCUUGAAAUUAUGCAACUUCCUGGGAAAGAGACUGACGGAAAAGGAGGUGGAUGCUGUUGUGGAUCAGGCUACAUUUAAUAAAAUGAAAGCAGAUCCCAGGGCAAACUAUGAGUUCUUGCCACCGGAUCUCAUGGACCACAGCAAAGGACAUUUUCUUCGAAAAGGCACUGUUGGAGACUGGAAGAACAUGAUGACAGUCGCACAAAGUGAAAGGUUUGACAGCGUUUUUAAGGAGAGAAUGGAAAAGCUGCCCAUCAAGUUCUGCUGGGACAUCCAUGAGGAAUCAUGAGUCUGCCUUCAGCCUGGAAGGAUGAAAUACAGUACACUGUAUGCAUUUAUUCCAGCUCCUAUUUGUAAGAGUUAGUAGAAAACAAAAUCUCAUAUGGCUUAAUAGCUUCCUAAUUUUCUAAUAUGUGCUGUAAUUUUUAAAAAACACCACAAAACAAUUACAUUUGUACUGUCCGCUUCUUCUCUUUCUACAUUCCAACAUGUCCUAAUUUCUGACCCCAUGUGCAAAAGUUAAGGAAUCCCAAACUAGCUAUUGGGAUUAUUAAUUGUAUUUUAAAUUGGCACUGUUAUAUUGAGCCUAGCAUUGGAUUAUUGUAAUUGAAAAUUAAUAAAAA